AUGAAUAGACCAGCUGAGUACUCAAAUGAUUCUACACUCGUCAAAGAACAAAACAGACGGAAAAAUAUGAAUUCAAAUGUGCAAGCAAAUAGAAAUUAUAAUAAAAUUAAUCAAGAAGAUAAAUUCAUUUCUAAAGAUGAAGGGAGGAUAUUCAUUCUGGGAAAUACUCCUCCCAUCAGAAUGAAAAGUUAUAGUUUGGAUGAAGUUCAGGGCAUAUCUUCUCUAAGAAGGUAUGUUAGAUCUUCAAGAAAAGAGAAAAAUUUAAGCGUUUAUUAUAAUAGGAAUACAGGACGCAAUUCGGAAACAUUUUAUUCUCGAAACGAUGCUUGGAACUUGACUGAUUAUGAUCGUUAUUCCAAUGAAGAGAGUUUAACGCUUAAAGGAGUUACAACAAUAUUACUGAAGAAAUCAUCAGUUUAUGCUUUGAAUCAGAUUGGAAAUUCCAAGACAUGGACUCGUAAAUUAUUUUGGAGUUUUAUUAUGAUGGUAGGCCUUUUUGGCUGUGGUUCACAAAUAUUUCGCUACUUGAAUGCCUUUUUCAAAUAUCCAGUCGUGGUAAAUAUUGACUCGCUUAGUGAAUUUAGCCAAGUAUUCCCUGGUGUCACUCUAUGCAAUUUUAAUACUGUGAGGAAAUCGUAUAUUCCUUGCUUGAUCAAACAACUUAAUUACGAAGAUUGCAACGUAACAACAUUUACUAACGAAUCUUAUGACGAAAUUACAUACAAUUUUAGUCAACCAAGCUGUUUCGGAGAAGACAGUAAGCAGUUGAAUCCAGAGGAUUUAGAAUCAGCAGCAUUUUAUGCUUUGUACUCAAGAUUGAAUGAAGCUACUCGCCAGCAUUACGGUCAUCAAGCAGAAACAUUUAUACGAUCCUGUUCUUUUAUGACAGAAACUUGUUCUUAUAAAGAUUUCAGUUUAUAUCUGCAUCCAUUUUAUGGAAAUUGCUUCACAUUUAACAGUGCUAAUCAAACCAAGCCUUCUCUGAAUACGUCUUUUAUAGGACCCAACGGAGCAUUAGAUUUAGAAAUGGAUUUAGAAACCGAGGAAUACUUUAGAAUAACGAAAGCCGAAGGGGCCCGAAUUUUUAUUCAUGAUCCUUAUCAUGGACCAAAUCCUGAGAAAGAUGGUCUAUACAUCAGUCCAGGAUUUCAAACAGCUAUAGGUGUAUCACUGGUUUCAUUUCAUAGGUUACGCCAUCCUUACAAAGAUCAGUGUGCUUCUUAUCAGCCAGGUGAUAAUCAGCAGAAGUGCUUGAUAAAUUGCGUUAACAAAAUUGUAUAUUCAUUUUGUUCUUGUGAACUACCAUCUCAAAGUUAUGUUGAUGGCAACAGAGUAUGCGAUUUAACAAAUGGCACAGAAAUAUGUUGCAUGUUUCAGAGUCUUGCCACAUCUGAAAUAAAAUGCCACUGCCCGUUAGAAUGCGAAGAAUCCACCUAUGAAACAAAAAUAUCAAGCGCUGUAUGGCCAUCUACAGCUUAUACUGCUGCACUACUGAGAAAAGAAAUAAGGAAAUCAAGUAGUGCACAUUGGAAAUCAAUAACAGUAGAAAAUCUCCGAAAAUCAAGACUCAAAUUAAGUAUUUAUUACGAUACGCUGCAGCAUUUAAUUUAUCGACAGAGGCCAAUGUUCGAUGAUUCUGAAGUUCUGAGCCAGAUAGGAGGCCAGAUGGGACUGUGGCUCGGUCUAUCAUUAGUUGCUAUUUUUGAGUGUGUGGAAAAUUUAGUUUUAAUAUGGCGAUUUCACAAUAAGAGAAGAAUUUGA